GAUGGGCCACUACUCUGCGGUAGAGAUACAAUUCAAGCUUUCCGCGAAGCGGGCUUGUCACUCUUGGAAGAAAGGGCUCUACCAAGUGUCUAUGCGCUGCAGGCAGAAGAUGACCUAAAAAUGCUGGUGGAAGAGUUCGCAGACUUGUUUGAAGAUCGACUUGGCUGCUGCAAAGGCCCGCCCGUGAAGCUGUACAAGAAAGAAGGAGCGGUGCCGCGGUCUUUGAAGGCCCGUCCGGUGCCGUUCGCGCUUCGCAAAGCAGUGUCAGCCGAAAUCGACCGCCUCGUUCAGCAAGGCGUCCUGUCGCCGGUGAGCGUUUCCGAAUGGGCUGCUCCUGUCGUACCUGUGGUGAAGAAAAAUGGGGACAUCAGGCUGUGUGGCGAUUUUAAGCUCACCGUGAAUCCGGCUACUCACCUGGAGCAGUACCCUUUGCCUAAAGUGGACGACAUUUUUGCCGCGCUCUACGGGGGAGAAGUAUUCACCACACUGGAUCUGAGAAAUGCCUACAAUCAGCUGCCACUUGAUGAAGAAGCGAAGGAAAUGACUGUCAUCAACACGCACCAGGCCUUGUACUCGUACAACCGACUAGCCUUCGGCAUCUCGUCGGCUCCCGCACUGUUCCAGCGGCGCAUUGAGUCGUUAUUAAGGGACUUACCAAGAGUACGCGUGUACCUGGACGACAUCAUAAUCGCCGAGAAGCAACAGGACACGUCAACACUUCGACAAGUGUUCCAGAGACUUCGCGACAAUGGCCUCCAACUGAACAAGGCCAAAUGUCGGUUCCGAGAAAAAGAAGUGCAGUUUCUGGGGCACAAGAUUGAUGCAACCGGACUUCAUCCACUGCGCGACAAUCUCGAAGCCGUAACAGCUGCACCAAAGCCAGAAUCCCAAAUGAUUGCUUUGACCCAGGAGGACAGCGCACUUCGGCAAGUCCGGGAAUGGAUCGAGCAGGGCUGGCCAUCGCAUCUUGCGGGGAAGCAGCAACAUCUGCAGCCGUACUUCACACGCAGAUCUACACCCCUCGAGAGUGGCAAAUCGCCAGCACAACUGCUCUUGGGAUUCGAGCCCCGGACAAGGCUGUCCGCCCACUUUCCAGAAGGCGAGGUGCCUGCAGGGGCCGACACGAUCCAGCCUUCGUCGACCAAAGCACCACCACUGUUCCCACCCGGAAAGCCCGUCUGGUCCCGCCAUAUUCAACGAGGGCGAAAAUGGCUGCCAGGGACUGUGAUAGCGACGGAAGGGAAUCGGAUGGUAAAGGUUGAGACACCCCUGGGAACCCACCGCCAUCAUGUAGACCAGUUGAGGGCACGGCGGGCGUUAGCCACACCAGAAAAAAAGGAAUCAAGGCUCGGCUCCAGCUUAGCGGAACCACAGCCCGACGCAGACGCUCGAGAAGCAAGUGCAACGCUGAACUUCAGUCCAGCGGCCCCUCGGUCGCCCGGCUCGACUCAAGAAACAGGGGCGCCGGAGGCAGUUCCAACUCAACUCCGCCGAUCAACGCGAACAAGACGCCCUCCGGAACGACUGGGCUUUUGAAGGGGGAAGGAGUGCAGCGUCGUCGAUAAACCGCACUCAACGGCCCGAGUUCCUUAUCACCUGUCAGCAAGUCAUGAUGUAAUCGACCACAGCUCGUGUUCUAGACUCGCGUGGGUUUCAGGAUAAAAAGGCCCAGUGCCAAGCAAUAAACGGUUCAGUUUCUUG